UUCCCUUUGCCACUUGCCAGUUCUACGUCUCUCGUAGACCUUUCAACAGCGUCUCGUUUAUCGGGCUUUGGACAGCGUUUGGUUUUUUUUUUUUUACAUAUAAUUUGCGAUAACUUUUACGUGGUUCGGGCUUCCAAAUCAAACAAUGGCUAAUCGCUCCUUUGACAAUGGCAAGAACCAGAACCCCCCCCGAGACCGUGACCAUGAGCGUGACCAAGACCGUGACCGUGAGUACAACAGAGAGUUCAAUCGGGACUACAAUCGCGAGCUGAGCAGAGACGUCACCAAUCGCGACAAUCGCGACACUGAUCGUGGAAACAAUCGUGGCAAUUAUCGCGCAAACAAUCGAGACAACAAUCGCAAUCGGGACAACAAUCGAGACGACAGGAACUAUCGAAAUUCGGACCGUGACCGCUACCGUGAUCGGGAUCGCAACCGUGACCGCAACAGCCAGAGGCCGGUGCCCACGGAGCCGCCGUUCAGCGCCUAUGUGGGAAAUCUGCCGCAGGGCCUCGUGCAGGGCGAUGUGAUGAAGAUAUUCUCGGACUUUGAGGUGAAGAGCGUGCGGCUGAUCAAGGACCGCGAGACGGACGAGUUCAAGGGCUAUGGCUACGUGGAGUUCGAGACGUUGGAGCAGCUGGAGCGCGCCCUCGCGUGCAACGGGCGCAUCAAGCUGGACAACUUCUCGGCUCCGCUGCGCAUCGACAUAGCCGACCAUCGACGGCAGACGGGCGAAGGAGCCGCUGCAGGCGGAGGUGGACGUGGCGGCGGCGGCGGCGGAGGACAUAACCAGUCCUCGGGCAGCCGCAACUACUACCAGAGACGCAACUAUCGGCGCGACGACAGCGUCGGCUCCCACCAGAUCCAGCGCCCCAGCCCGGACACCGACAGCCUGCGCGGCUCCCGAAGGCCGUCCUUCUCCAACAGCAGCCCCACCCACAGCACCUUGUCCCUGCGAAACGGCCAGCGGACAUCGGGCGACAACAACAACCGCUCCGGUGGCUAUGGCAGGAACGGGGGCCAUCGCUACCAGACCCACGACAAUGCCCCACGCAGUCGCAACAACAGCUCAGGCUUCCCCGUGUCCCGACCGUCCUCGGGCAGCAUCCAAUCGCGCAAUCGCAACUUCAAUCGUUACCACAACAACGGCAGAGGAGGCGGCGGCGGCGGUGGACGCUCCCCGGAUCGUCAGCGUUUCAACGGCAGCAACGGCAACGGCAUGGGAAAUGGUAAUGGCAACGGAAACUACUCUCAUUUUGUGCAGAAUCGCAAUCGGGAUCGUCGUGGCCACUACAAUCCCAACGGCGGUGGCGGGGGCGGGGGCAAUGGGAACGGCAGCCUCCGUGGCAACAGUCCGACGACAUCCAUCCGAUCCGUCAAUCGCAUUGACGACGACGAUCGCCCGAAGCUGCUGCUGAAGCCGCGCACUGUGACGGACCCCAUCAACGCCCUGGCCAACACCGAGCAGGCCUCGAAGAUCUUCGGCAAGGCCAAGCCACGUCCCGACCUAGCCACGCCCACAUGCUCGCCACGCCGGGAGGAAAAGGGCGGCACCAGCAGCGACUAACCCACCAGACCAGAACAGAGAUCACCAAAGGAAGGCACCCCAAAAAACAGAAAAUAAUUCGGAAGAAAUAUCACAAAAGAUUGAAGCAAACCCACCAAAUCAACAGCAACAGAAACAGGCAACAAGCAGCAGGAAACAGGCAACAGGAUUGAUUGAUCCCCUCCUCUUAACGUUCGUGUCAAAAUGAAAUAUUGUUUAAUUAAAUCUUUAUGUGCAGAGAA